AAGCAGAAGAAGCAGAAGAAAAAGAAGAAGAAGAAGUAGAAGUAGAAGUAGAAGUAGAAGUAGAGAAAGAGGACUUCAUUCUCGUUUACGGUGAUCGAACUCGAUUUGACGAGAAGAAAAGAACCUAUAACGCGUGUAACAUAAUCUACAUUGUCGGGUCUAAAACGUUGUCUUUGCCACUACUACUACGUAGUGUCAUCAUUAGUUCUCGAAGAGAAAGAUAGAAAAAAGAGAGAGAGAGAGAGAGAAAGAGACGAAAAGGAUUGUCGAUCGUGUAUACAGUUUGUUAGAAAAUGGACACCACACCACCGGUGAUAUAAUAAAAGAGAGUGCGCUUUGAAGUAAGAGAGGGAGAGGGAGAGAGAGAGAAGUAUUGAGAGACAGAAAGAAAAAACGAGAGAGGGGAGGAGGGACUCCAACGGAACAUCCACGAGAGCUGAGGGCCAAGAACGAAAGAAGAGAGAGAGGGGGGAGGGAGGGGGGAGAGAAAAGAGAAGGUCUGAGGGAGUGUGCUAGAGAAUAUAGAUGAGAGGGAAAGCGAGGAAAACUCGUGCGUGAAAACCGGCCGAAGGAAAUCCUCCUCCUCCUCCAUUUCUUCAGGUACCGUCCACUACGUCGGCUUUUCUGUUAGGGGGAAAGAGGAGGAGAGGUCAGGGGCAAGUAACAAAAGAAAAAGAAAGAAAGAGAAAUCCUGUAUGGAAUUUCUCUUGAAAAAGGGAAUAAAGAAUAGGGAAAAAAAAGGUCUUAAACGUUUUCUCUCUCUUGUUGUAACACCGUAUUCGCGUAAUAACCCAGUCACAUCAUCCUAGUCAACAUAGUCAUCGUAAUCAUCAUUAUCAUCUAGUAAGAGGAUUGCAAGAAGGAAAGCGGACCGGGAGAAGAGGGCCAUGCCUCCUUCCUUGGCCCUGUGACACGCGCCAAGCCGCGUUCAACCACACUACUACUACUACUACUACUACUACUAUUUUAUUCGCUGGGUGAAUCUCCUCCCGGAAGAAAGCGUACUCUCGAAGAAGCGAUUAAGUUCUCGGUGCGCGACUCGCAUCGCGUCUUACUCGUAAGUUUACAAGUAAUCGUAAAUAACAACGAUGCCACGAGUAAGAAGACAAGUUGUCCUGGAAGACCCGGCUAGGCCUGUUACGCCGGAUAUGAUGGAAACUAAGUUGUUGAAAACUGAAUACCUGGACGAUGGUUCAUUAGAUGAGAUUCAAUCGCCAAAGGUAUCCGAGGAAACGCCGAGUCCUCAUCUUCAGGAUCAUCAAUAUGGGCAAACUCCUUGCUACCAAGUGUCCAGGAAGCCAACUCAACCAUCACCUCGAACCGAGCAGAUAUCGGUACAGGCAGUUAAAAGAAGACUGAAUUUGGAGGUUGGUACGACAGGAGCUAGUCAUUCUACGUUUAAAGCACCUAGAGGUAAACGUAGAAGAUCUGGAUCUAAUUCGUUAGCCGGCCAUACGCCUACAAAAAGUAAAACCGUGGAGAGAACACGUUACGAUACGUCGUUGAGUUUACUUACAAAAAAGUUCAUACACUUGGUCGAAAGUAGUCAAGACGGUGUAGUUGAUUUAAACGUAGCAUCUGAAAAGUUGGAGGUACAAAAACGUCGUAUAUAUGACAUCACGAAUGUCUUAGAAGGCAUUGGAAUUUUAGAAAAGAAAAGUAAAAACAAUAUACAAUGGAAGGGUGGUCAACUGCCUAACGACAGGAACGAUAUCGCUACAUUAAGGAAAGAAUUAGCAGAUUUGGAAGCUAAAGAGAAUACCCUAGAUCGAUUAAUACAUGGUGCUGAUCAAAAUCUUAGGGAACUCUGCGCGGACAGGCAAUAUGCUUACGUAACGUAUCACGAUUUACGUUCAGUCCCGAUGUACAAAGACCAAGCGAUAAUGGCGGUUAAGGCACCACCAGAAGCUACGCUUCAUGUCCCUCAACCUAUCAACACUCUUGGUCAACAGAAGCUACAAAUGCACAUAAGGUCGUCGCACGGUGAAAUCGAAGUAUUUUUAUGUCCGGACGAUGCACCGAUUAAAUCACAAACGUCAGGGUAUUCGUCGACAACACCACCUACGCCAACGCCGAAACCAAACCCAACAUUAUUGACAACUUCACUAAUGACAGCAACGACGACGACGACGCGAACCGUGUCUUCUGUUAAAGAAUCGGAAUUAACUUAUCUUCCUCCGGAACUUUUAGUCGACACAGUUAAUAACGAAGUUCGUGUCAAAUCAGAAUCUAAUCCGGUCGUUAGUGUUUUAAAUAGUUGUGCGAGUAUGCCAUCUGCGUUGAACGAUGUUAGCAGCAGUAUAGCGGGUAUGAGGAACGCAUUGCUCUGCGAAUCGGAUGAUUAUGGACCAAUGGGUGGUGGCAAGUUCCAACUACAAACAGAGGACCAAAUUGACGCUCCAGAUUUAAACAUUCUCGAAUUUGGAGAACACCUGUUAUCCUUGGAGCCGCCAUUAUCCGACAGUGACUACUCGUUCUCGUUAACCACAGAGGAGGGUCUAUCGGAUCUUUUCGAUUUUCCGAUAAUGUAAUAUAAUAGAAAUGUCAUCGCUAUCAUCAUCAUCAUCAUCAUCAUCAUCAUCAACAUCAUCAUCAUCAU